AUGGCCAGAUUAAUUUCCAAGCUCAAGCAGAACCCGUUUAUAGUAAACCAGGUAUCACAAACAGAAAAAGACGACAUUUCGUGCAAAGUAUUUUGUGAGGCAAACAGCAAUGGACGAAGUCUUCCUAAUAUCCUUAUUACGGGAACCCCGGGUACUGGAAAAACAACGCUGUGUGAGCUCGUGUCAAGUGGCGAUUACAACCAUAUAAAUGUGAGUGAAGAAAUAAAACGCAACAAAUGGUAUUCUUCUUAUGACGAAGAAAUGGAUUCUCUGAUCUUCUCCGACUAUAAAGUUCGCAAAGGCCUCUCCAAAAUGAUUUCGUCUGGCGGAAACUUGAUUGAUUUCCACUCGGUGGCAAACAUUAUCCCCUCCUCCUUGAUAGAUCUUGUGGUCGUUUUAAGCACAAAUAAUACCGUUCUUUAUGAUCGUCUGGCAAACAGGAAAUACUCUCCACAGAAAAUCAGAGAAAACAUCGAAUGCGAGAUCAUGCAGGUGCUUUUGGAAGAAGCACACGAGGCAUUCAAAGAAACCCCACACAUCCCAAUCCUCAAUUUGACGUCAGACUGUGAAGCAGACCAAAAUUCAAAUGCCGAAAGAUUGAGGAGGGUUUUAAAAAUCGAUUAA